AUGGUUGAUAAUUUUCAAAAAUAUUACUGCCCCAGUGAAUAUGUGACCAUAGAUGAGCAGCUAUUAGCUUCUCGAGGAAAAUGUCCAUUUAGGCAAUAUAAACCGGCCAAAUAUGGCAUAAAAACAUUUGCUCUACUUGAUCCUAGAACUGUCUAUACUUUAAAUUUAGAGACCUAUCUUGAUGUACAACCCGACGGACCAUACAAAAUUAGUAAUGCUUCUCAAGAUGUAGUUUUGCGAUUAGUUGAACCUAUGUUUGGAACAAAUAGAAAUAUUACGGGGGAGACCACUGGUUUACCAGUAUGCCUUUGA